AUGUCUGCUGAGGCCGAGCCGAUGCCUGCGCCGCAGGAGACUGCUCCUGCCACCCACACCACACCGACGGUCGUAGAGCUGAAGCCGAAGAACACGCACCGCCUCAACCGCAUCCUGCGCAAGCCCAAGGCCUCACUGCCGCCGCGCAAGUGGCACCCCGACGAGGAGGGCGAGCCCCGUGCUGUCGGCGUGCCGCCGAGCGUGGUGAACACGCUCCUUGCAAGCCUGUCGGAGGAGGAGAAGAAGCGCGCCACCGCUGGUCUGGACCCGCUAAGCGCGACGCAGGAGGCACUGAUCCGACGCGCCGCACGCUUCGGUCUUAACAUUAACAGCAGCAACCCCGCGGCGCCGGUGGCUCCAGCGCCGACCUUCAUGGUGGACGAGGAGACGCUGCGCCGCCGCGAGGAGCGCUUUAAGCAGGCUGCGCCGUUGCAGUAA